GCAAUUAAAUAUAGAAUAAUGUGCUUAGUAGCAAUGUUUCAUUUAGAUCCAUUAAAUUUGCACUAAUUGUUUAAUUUAAUGUGCUACAACGUCUCAGCUCGAUGACAAGCACGAAGCAACGCUGCGCGCAUGUGUAGAGCGAGAGCGAGCAACGCUGGUUUGCAUAGCUCUCUGUGGACAGCUGCGUGCGCUACGCUUGGAGGGGGGGACUUGCAAAUUUGUAUUUAUUACUCAUCCAGCGAGUAUGAUGCAGUCAUCGAAAGAUUUAUAAAAACCAGGUCCAGUUGCAGGUCUAAGUUCGAGCUCGUUGCAUAUGCGCAUAAUUUGUUUAACAGAUGUGCAAUUUGUUGUGGGCGACAUAAAAUAUAAAGUGAAUGCGAAUUCAAUACACCUACCAACUGUGCGUCUGUGUGUGCGUGCGUGCAUGUAUGUGUUUAUGUAAAGCCAAGUGAACCCCUCCGCCCCCUGUACAUAGAUUAUUGGCACCACAACGCACAACGCCAGCUGCUGAGCGAAGUUAAAUCGGGAGUGCAACCACGCCUGAUGCCCGGCUUCCAUCUCAAUGAAAUGGGCGAAAUGGUCUUGGACGCCAUCGAUGACAUUGGCGUGGUCGAUGUCUACGAUCUGGCAUCGGAUAUUGGCAAGGAGUAUGAGCGGAUCAUGGAUCGCUAUGGCACCGAUGCUGUAAGCGGUCUGAUGCCCAAAAUAAUCAAUACCCUGGAGCUGCUGGAGGCAUUGGCAACGAAAAAUGAGCGCGAGAACUCUACAAUACAGGAGUUGCGCGAGAAGAUCGCCCAGCUGGAAAGCGAAAAGCUGGAGAAGGCAGAGUUUCGGCGACGCUUCGAAAAGGAAUUGGAGCUAAUUGAGGAGCAGUGGCGGAGCGAGACCAAUGAGCUGGUUGAUUUGGUUUCCUCGCUGCAGGACGAAAACAAGCGGCUGGUAAAGCAAACCCAAGACCUGCAAUCGUCAUCUGCACAAAGCUCCGGCUUGGGCGCCAGCCUAACCGAGAGCAUCAUCAGCAUGACCAACAAUGAGCUGCAUAGCGCGCUCUCCGAUACGCAGGUGCUACAGCGACUCAAGGAGCAGAUCUAUAAGCAGCGCGACGAGCUGAAGCAGCGUGAACGCGAACUCCAGGACAAGUACAGUGAGCUUGAGCAUGUCAACAUUCAGGCGGAGCGCCUAAAAGCCUCGGAAAGGGACACGCGACGUCGCCAUAAGCUAAUGCAGGCGCAGGUGAAGACACUGUGCGAGGAGCGUGCCGAUUUUCUAGCCCAGCUGCAGGAUCAGUGCCGUGAGAUCAAUCAGCUGCGCAAGCGUUUGGGCCUUGCUGAAAAGGAGAAUGAGGAUCUGGUGCAGUCAUACGAUGAUGAUCAAAAUGAUCCAAAUAGACCACGCUAUACGACGCGAGAGCUCAAGGAGCUAAUCAGCGAGCGCGACGAGCUGCUCACCACCAUUGACAACCUCAACCAGCAGCUGGCAGAGCUGAAGCCAGCGACCAGUGCCAAACGUACGCGUCAAAUAUCCAGCUCUGAUGACAGCGACGACGAUGACGACAACGAGGCUGAUGACGGUGUUGAGGCUGAUGUCGACGAUGACAAUGUGGCUGGCGAAACGCCACCUGGACAUGAUGCGCCCGUGCAGGGACCGCUGCCCUAUGAACCAGACGACGCGCCCUGGAAGAAAAGCUCCGAGUCGGGCAUACGCAAGUUCUUUCGUAAACUUUUCUCGGAUCCAACGGAUGGCAGCAAUACAUUCCCGAAACGUUCCUUGGCCACACUCUCGAAGAUGGCGCUCUCGGCCACGCCCGGCAGUGGCAGCCAGCCGAAGUUGCAUAUUGUUUCCCGCUUCUUCUGGCUGUCCAUCUCUAUAAGCUUCUCGCUUCGCUCGCUAACUUCGCUAAAAAUGCGCUUCUUUCGUAUUAUGUACAGAUAUACAUCUCAUCGUAUCAGGUCCAAGCAUAUAGUACAUAUCAGUUUUUUAUUUAAAUUGAAUUUGGUUUCGGUUUUAAUUUUGAAUGAAUAUUGCAAGCAACGAGAAAUGUGCCAAAGACUUAAACGGAAUUCAGCGGUUGCCAUUGAUCCCAGAUCCAAACAUUCUACACAUAAUCCAAACCAUGUUAAUUCCCACAUUUACAAUUACAAACUAAUUAUUUUUACUUGGCAACUGAACUCUUUUACACACAACAAAAAUGAUGAAUAAUAGAAGAAGCAACGGCAAACUGCAGCUGAACUAAAAACAAAAAAAAAAAAAA